AUGAAAGACUUAGUAUCAGCACCAAAGAGCAAGAUCGAUACGAACACAUACCGCAAACAGCUCCAAUCCUUGGAAGCACUGCGGGCCGGAAAACCAGAACCCGAUUUCAAGACGAAGCGGGUUCCGCCCCCAAACGAGGGAAAGGGCCUGUAUGACCCAGUGUUGGCACCAAAGAGCAAGAUCGAGAUGAAGAACUAUCGCCAACAGGUCAAAGCCUUGGAAGCUCUGCGUGCCGGAGAGCCAGAGCCCAAAUUCAAGAAGAAGUGGGUUGAGCCCCCAGAUGACGGAAAGGGCCUACCCCCUGCAGUUAUAAGAAAGGGUACUGUGGUGCAGAGACAAAACUCUUAUUGGGGGAACGGCUGGGACGAGCAGAUAAAAGCUGAGCGUAUUGAACAUAAAGAGGCAAAGGCACAAAAGAACCUCAAAGCCAUCAACAGCGCUCGAUCUAUAGCGGAGAAGAAGAGGAAUGACCACGCGAACACUGUUCGAGCUAGGGGCAUGCCAGAAACCUAUUUCAGGAAGAAUAUGCCAGCGGCUGCGAAAAUGAUAGACAUGUGCGAUCCAGAACCACGUGGAGGGCCGAGAAUCACGACUAGAGCGCAGCGAAGUGAGAUUCCUAUACCACUAGUGGCUGAUGUACCAGCUCGCAGACCAAGCCUUCGCGGGAAGUCGAAAGCCGAUAAGACAGCGCAUAAGAGCCCGCCGCAGCUAGAAGCAGAGCCAGAGAUACUCAAAGGGAAGGCACUGUACGAAAAAUUGACGACCCCCUCGGUCCAACCCCCGAAUCGUAGAAUGAGUUUCAACGCGUACGGUCAAUCAACAAUUAACAAAACGGGCAUUUUAGUUCCAACUUAUUAUGUUCCAAAAGCUAAGGAGAAGGAAGCAGCGGAGAAAGCAGCGAGGAUGGAGGUAUUACAAGCCGCUGAGAGAGAGCAUGAUGCUAUGCUGAGAAAGGUUGAAGAAUCUUUCGAAGACCAGGACAAAAGACUCGAAGCGAGGCGCAAGAGAGAAAAUAUCGAUGACCGGAUCGAAUUACGAUCAGAAGAAAGUCUGCGUCAAAGGCGCGAUGUAGAGUUUCUGAAAAAGAGACCAGUUGGACUGUUCAGAGCACUCCACUAG